AAAAAAAAAAAUUAAAAAAAAUGUGUUGCUCUGUGUCGCCUUGUAGCACAGCAUCGGAGCCACGCAGCUCCACGCAGCUCCACAUUCUCAUCCAGCAUCUUCUCCUUCUUCUUCCGGGACGCUGUUGUGGCACCACUACCUUAUCUGCAAAUCGCUUUGUCUCCAUGGUUACGGGCCUCAGGCAGCCCCAGAAAAACAUGGGUCCAAGCUGAUCCUCAUACCUGAUCCUGGACACCAGGGAUGAAGAUUCGAAUUCAAACAAUUCAUUGUGCCUAAAAUAGCGGCUUGAGGAAAAAACCACAACAGAUAGUUUGUGGAUCCUCCUGGGGUCAUGCUGGAAUUGUGCAACGGUCCCUUGACACUUGGAGGCACCGUCACCAAGGACCAGGAUGCACCAGCUCUUUAGUCAGGUGCUGGGCCAGAGGGAUUUGUCACGAGCCGGAGACCUGUUCUCUCUGGACGAUGCGGCCAUCGAGGACUGCCUGUCGCACGCGCUGGAUCAGAUCAAGUCUAUCUCCUGCUCACCGGACUAUUUGACCAACGACAACGACCAGGCGGUGGUGGAGAUUUGCAUAACGCGCAUCACCACGGCCAUCAGGGGGACGGACUCCAUCGGGCGGCACAGCACGGCCCUGGUGGGGCUGUGGGAGUCGUGUCUGGAACACAACCUCGCGCCUCACGGUGACAACACCGAGGACACGCCGCACGCCAAGAUAGCCUCGGACAUUACCAGCUGCAUCCUGCAGAAUUACACCUGUCCGUCAGUGAUGGUGCUGGCCGUCCCGGUGGCGGUGCGCUUUCUGCAUGGAGGCAACCGAGAGCUGAGCAGGAACAUGUCCAGUUAUCUCUCCCUGGCUGCGAUAGCUGAGAUCGAUCUGCUGGCUGAGCACACUGAGGCCAUAACACGCAGUGUGCUUGCAGGGAACCACAUGCUGCUCCGCGUGCUGCCCUCAGUCUACUCCAGACAGCCCGAUGUCAUCCACCGUCACCUUGGCAACCUCACCGCGAUGAUGUCACAGCUGGACCCUAUGGAGCAACAGCACCUGAUCCGACUGCUCCAAAUGGUGGCCGAGCAGCAUCCGCUGAUGCUGAGCCCGCAGGUACCUGCGCUGGUGGGUUACCUCGGCAACCAGUCUCUGGUCGAGGCCAUUCUGGGCACUGUGGUGGACGUGUCUCAAGCCAGCCCCUCCUCGCUGGUCAGCUCCCUGCCAAGGCUCAGGACCGUGGGACAACAGUGGCCCGCUCUCUUGGGUCACGUGGCCAAAAUCCAUGGUGCCGUGGGCAUCAUCAGCGAGACACAUGCACACAGCUCCUUGGUCUACCUGGUGUCCCUUCUGGCCAACAUGGAGCACACUUUCCACCACACGCUGCUGCUGGAGAUCCGAGCCCUGACAGACCGCUACCCGUCUGUGCUGGGAGGCUACGGGAAAGACCUGUACCGGCAGAGCAACUCGUUCAGCGCCAUCGCCAGGCUGCUGGGGAGGCGGCUCGAGGAGAGCGCCACCACACGCUGCAGCGAAAAUGGAGUGGAGCCGCCGCUGUCAUCCAGCGCGUCUCUUCUAAAAGGAAGUAGGCCAGGGGCGUCAAAACAGCGGCAACAGGCGAAUGCCGGAAGUGAGAUGGAGGUGCAGGAGGACUCGCCGCCCCCCCAGCGGCGGUACAGCCUGAGCCAUGCGGUGAGGGAGGAGCAACGAGAGAUGCGAUUCAACAGGUCAAAGAGCUUGGCUCUCCACGCCGUGCGCUCGCGGUCCAUCAACUCAGACGGCGGGGAGGACGCGGAGGGAGUGGAGCUCAGUCUAGACAACGUCGCGUUCACCGGCACUUUGCCCUGCCAGCGCAGCCCAGUAGGAAGUCAGGAAGUGACGCCUCCCGCUGAGAACGUGGCAGACGACGUCCCCGCGUCCGCCGGCGUGCCGGACAGAGGGGUCAAGGAGACGGAGCGAGGUCAAAGCGGGCAGAAGAACAAAGAGGAGGAAGACGUCGGGGAAGCCGACAGACUCUUGGUCCAUCUAAGAAACAAUAUGGAGAUGAUCCGAGAGUUCUGCAAGGACCUGGUUCUGCAGAUCCCCAUACCAGAGCAGUGUGUCAUAGAAGAAACCCUUCGAGGAUGUGUGGCCAGGCUGUCCUUCUCCUGCCCCCAGAAGGGCCACUACUGCCUGUACGCCAAGUCCACGUUCAACCUGAGCAGCCGCCAGCCUCAUGUGUGGAUACACCUCAUGCUGCUGCAUCUGCAGAGCAAGUCCAAGGUCCCUCUGUGCUCUGGAGACGAGUGUGUCCAAAGACUGGCGUCACUUUGGGGGAGGACUCAGCUGCAGGGAGCUCACAGCUUCCACAUGGCGAUGACGCAACACGCCACCCCGCACAGAAAGGACCUGGACAGUCUGCAGACGCAGCUGGAGGACGUUCGCUUCUUUGACCUGUUUGGCUACAGUGAAGCAGAGGGAGGGUGGCUGUGCUUCAUGUGCAACAACCCGGAGAAGGCCACAGGCGUGAACCAGGAGGGUCAGCCUCUCAUUGAAGGCAAGCUGAAGGAGAAGCAGGUGCGCUGGAGGUUCAUCAAGCGCUGGAAGACUCGCUACUUCACCUUGGCAGGAAACCAGCUGCUCUUCCGGCGAGGCAAAUCGAAAGACGAGCUGGACGACGUUCCCAUCGAGCUGAGCAAGGUUCAAAGUGUCAAGGUGGUGGCCAAGAAGCGGCGGGAUCGAGGCCUGCCGCGAGCCUUCGAGAUCUUCACGGACAGCAAGACGUACGUGCUGAAAGCCCAGGACCAGAAGCACGCCGAGGAGUGGCUGCAGUGCAUCAACGUGGCCGUGGCUCAGGCCAGAGAGCGGGAGAACCGAGAGGCCACCACUUACCUGUGAACUCACCUGUGGGAGGUCCAACUUCCUUCCUUCUGCCGGAUUCCACAGCAGUUCUUCCAAAAGCAGAGGUCUUUGCACUGCCAUCACUUCAACACAACAUCAGGGCAAGUGAGGACACACAACUCAAUUGUGUUGAUCCAAAUCACCACAACUCUACUUACACAAUAACCUCCACCAAGGCUAUUAUCAGCAAGUAGAGGUGUAUCGCUCCGAUAUUGAUCCGAUAAAAGUAUUGGAUGAUAUCGACUUGCAUCUUAAAUCGCUCCGAUACAAGCAGUCCUGCAGCCAGUUAUUUAAAUGCCCUCCAAUAAACACACAAUUUCUUCUAUUUUAGUCAAGUCAUUUACAAAAGGUAAACAUAUAGGCUGCUAGCAGCUACACAACAGCUAAGCACACAAUAGCACACAA